AUGAAUUUUGAAUUUGAGAGGGAGAUUGGGUUUAUAAACAGCCAGCCAUCGCUCGCCGAGUGUCUGACUUCCUUCCCCGCUGUCUUGGAGACAUUUCAAACUUCAUCAAUCAAGGAGUCGACAUUAAUUCCUCCUCCUCCUCCUUUCGAGCAAACCUUCCCCAGCCUCCAGCCUGGCGCCUCCACCCUUCAGAGACCCGGGAGCCAAAAGCGAGCCGAAGAUGGGCCCGCUCUGCCGCCGCCGCCGCUCCCCGCCGCCCCCCUGGCCCCCGAGUUUCCCUGGAUGAAAGAGAAGAAAUCCGCCAAGAAACCCAGCCAAUCUGCCACGUCUCCGCCGGCCGCCUCCUCCGUCCCGGCCUCCGGGGUCGGAUCUCCCGCAGAUGCGCCGGGACCGCCGGAGGCCGUGGGCGGCGGGGCGCGCAGGCUGCGCACGGCUUACACCAACACGCAGCUGCUGGAGCUGGAGAAGGAGUUCCACUUUAACAAGUACCUGUGCCGGCCGCGCCGCGUGGAGAUCGCGGCCUUGCUGGACCUCACCGAGAGGCAGGUCAAAGUGUGGUUCCAGAACCGGCGCAUGAAGCACAAGCGGCAGACCCAGCACCGAGAGCCGCCCGACGGGGAGCCUGCCUGCCCCGGCGCGCCGCAGGAGCCCGGCGAACCCGCCGAGGAGCCCCCGGCCAGCCCGAGGCGCCCGUCCGCCUCGCGGGCGGCGCGGGAAGCCUGCUGUCCCCCGCCCGAGGUCGUGCCGGGGCCCCCGGGCGCCUCCGGUCCCCGGCCUUGGGCCGCUCGCCUGGAGGGCGCGGGCGCGCGGAGCCCGGGCGGCGCGCGGAGCGGGGCCGGUGGGCCGGAGCCGGAGCCGUUGCCGGAAGACGCCUUCCCGGAGCGGCACGAUUCGCCUUUCCCGCCAGACCUCAGCUUCUUCGCGGCCGACUCCUGUUUCCAGCUGUCCGGGGGCCUCUCCCCCAGCUUCCAGGGCUCGCUCGACAGCCCGGUUCCCUUUUCCGAGGAAGAGCUGGACUUCUUCACCAGCACCCUCUGUGCCAUCGACCUGCAGUUCCCCUGAUAACCCACUUCCUCCUCCCGGCCCUCGACCCCCGCCCCCCUCGGCUGCCUCCGGGAAGCCCGAGGAUCUCCGUCCCCCAGCCGUAAAGACUUAUUUUGUGUCUUGCUAAAAUUCAGGUAUUAUUGAAUUAGCGUUUAAUCCACUUCCUUUCUUCGCUCUCUAAAAUAUUGGGCACUCGGGCGUCUUUUAAAAUCUGUUUGGUAGAGUCCUUCCAACGAAAUCUCAGGAAUAAUUAAACCCCGGGGGGGGGUAUGUUUUUUGUUUUU